ACUUGACGUGGGAAUAGCUAGCUCGGAUUUGACGAUUUCCGUCGUCCCGUCGUUUUCUUCGUCUUCUAGCUUUAGGAAACGAGAUGUGUAUGUGCCUGUUUGCCGACUCUGUGUCCGCAGAGCCAACUUGAAGUGGACGCCCCUGCGCUUUUCUUUUAACGGGUCUGUCAGUCACCGAGAGGCCUCAAGAUGAGUGACGUCCUGGACAUUCUGGACGUGGAGCGUCCUAACACUCCAGAAGUCAGCAAGGAGAGCAUCCUAGGCACAGAUGCUCGGAAGAACAAGCUUAUGCAGAAGCGGAAGCUCAUCGAGGCCACCUUCAAGCGACCCGAAGGGAUGCACCGGGAGCUAUACGCCCUGCUUUUCUCCGACGCUCGAGACAACCCACCCCUGCUGCCAACUGACAGCAGUCAGGGCUACAAGCGCAACAAAGCCAAGCUGGGAAUACGACGUGUCCGUCCAUGGCGCUGGAUGCCAUUUAACAACCCGGCUCGCAAGGAUGGUGUGAUGCUGAGCCACUGGCGAAGGCUGGCUGAUGAAGGCAAGGAGUACCCCUUUGCCAAGUUCAACAAGCAGGUACCAGUGCCGACCUACACGGAAGCCGAGUACCAGCAGCAUCUGGCAAGUGCGCAGUGGAGUCGGGCCGAGACGGACCACCUGCUGGAGCUGUGCCGACGCUUCGAUCAGCGUUUCCUGAUCGUUAAGGACCGUUGGGACACAGGACGCUUCCCAACGGGACGCUCUGUGGAAGACCUCAAGGAGCGGUACUACGGCAUUUGCCAGACCCUGGCCCGCGUCAGGGCUCCCCCGGGACAAGAACCCAAAGGGCGCGCCUUCGAUGCCGACCACGAACGCCGCCGCAAGGAACAGUUGCUGAAGCUGUAUGAUCGCACUACGGAGCAGGUUGAGGAGGAGCAGACGCUGUUGGGAGAGUUGCGCAAGAUUGAGCUACGCAAGAAGGAGCGCGAAAAGAAGACGCAAGACCUGCAGAAGCUCAUCACGGCAGCCGACAACAGUGCAGAAGCACGACGUGUCGAGCGCAAGGGCCCCAAGAAAAAGCUCAACAUCCAGAAGAGCAGUCGCACCGAGCCGGGGGCGGUGGAGUCGGCAGGCAUUCGGUUUCCGGACUUCAAGGCCUGUGGUGUGUCCCUACGAAGCCACAGGAUGAAGCUGCCAGCUUCAGUGGGCCAGAAGAAGACAAAGGCCAUUGAACAGCUGCUCCAGGAACUGGGUGUUGAGCUGAAUCCAACGCCAUCUGAAGAGGUGUGCCAGCACUUCAAUGAGCUGCGCAGCGACAUGGUGCUCUUGUACGAGCUCAAACUCGCUCUGGCUACGUGCGAGUACGAGCUGCAGACCCUGCGGCACCAGUUCGAGGUGCUGGCGCCCGAGCGAGCCGCCGCCACCGCGGCGGCCACGGGCGUUGCGGCGCUGACCAGCUCAUCGAGCGGCAUCGGAGCCAGCAUUGGCAGCACCAUCGGCGCCAGCGUGACCGAGCCUGGAGGAGGCUCCACCACUGAAACACCAAUGCGGGGUGGCAUUUCGGAGAUCCUUGACGUCGGCGCCACGCCCGGAACACCUAAUCGCAAGCGGAGGGCUGCCAUCGAGCAGAGCAACCUUUUAAAGAAAUUCAAGAAGGCCUGAGACCACAUUUCUCUCACCGGAUUGCUCAUUUGACACUCACAUUUUUCUCAGAGGGUCGCACAUCAUGACCAUGCAACAAAGAAUUCGGAAUAAACAUCUCACUCUACCUUAA